AUGCUGCCAACACAUUCAUCCUUCCUCCUUCUGAUCCUUACUUUCACUAUCACCUCCUCGUCGGAAAUUUCAGAAACCUACAUUGUCUUUGUCCAGAAACCACCAGCAAUCGCAACAGCAGCAGAAUCUCAAGAUCUGAACAACUGGUAUAGAACUUUUCUACCAGAAGUCACAACGUCUUCAGCCUCAACCUUGAACGAAGACCGUAUGGUACACUCGUACCAUACCAUCCUCACAGGUUUUGCUGCAAGACUUACUGCAGAUGAAGCCAAGGCAAUGGAAUACAAGCCAGGAUUCAUCUCUGCCCGCCCUGAGAAGACCAUGCAUCUCCAUACAACUCACAGCGCCAGAUUCCUUGGCCUGCAAGAAGACCGUGGCCUCUGGAACCUCUCAAACUACGGCAAGGGAGUAAUUGUAGGAGUUCUAGACACUGGGAUUGCGCUGAAUCAUCCAUCAUUCGACGACAAAGGUAUGCCCCCUCCACCAGCAAAAUGGAAAGGCAAGUGUGAAUUCAAGAGGAAAGUCUGCAACAACAAGCUCAUCGGUGCUAGGAAUUUCCUUUCUCCGCGCCAGAAACCAAUUGACGAAAAUGGACACGGGACCCACACGGCAGCCAUAGCAGCUGGAAGCCCAGUUCAAGGAGUGAGUUACUUCGGGCAGCUCAACGGCACUGCAACAGGGAUAGCUCCUUCGGCGCAUCUGGCGGUCUACAGAACAUGUAAUGCUCUAGGCUCGUGCAAAGAGACCGACAUAUUAGCUGCAAUGGAUGCUGCAGUCGAGGACGGUGUCGAUGUACUAUCGCUCUCGCUUGGUACUGGGUCGACUCCAUUUUUCGAAGAUGGCAUUGCAGUUGGUGCAUAUGGUGCAGUUCAGAAAGGCGUCCUUGUCACUUGUUCCUGUGGGAAUUUAGGGCCGGGUAAGUCUUCAUUGUCAAAUGAAGCUCCAUGGAUCUUAACAGUGGGAGCAGGCACGACGGAUAGAAGUGUUAGAGCAACAGUGAAGCUUGGAGGAAGCAAUGUAGAAUUUCAUGGGGAAUCCUUGUUCCAACCUAAGGGCAUCCUGCCUUCCAAGAUGUUGCCUUUAGUUUAUGCAGGCAAUAAUGACCACCCGAUGUCAGCAUUUUGUGAGCCAGGGUCCUUGAAAGGUGUCAAAGGCAAGGUGGUGUUGUGCCGGUCUGAUGGAAGCCAGAUGGGAAGAAUUUGGAAAGGGAAAGAAGUAAAAAGAGCUGGUGGAGCUGCAAUGAUACUAAUGAAUGACAAAAUUACCGGGUUUGAAACCACGCCUGAGCUGCACGUACUGCCAGCUUCUGAGGUCAGCUACAAAGAUGGAAUGAAGAUCAAGAGGUACAUCAACUCAACCUCAUCACCAAAUGGAACAUUAGUUUUCGAGGGGACAGUUUUUGGUGUCACAUAUGCUCCCCAGGUAGCAACAUACUCCUCGAGAGGCCCUAGUUUGGCGAGCCCUGGGAUCUUGAAACCAGACAUCCUUGGCCCAGGAAACAGGAUCUUAGCUGCUUGGCCAGAUGGCGGCGGCUCGAAUCGAGAACCAACUUUCGAACUGAUGUCAGGCACCUCAAUGGCUUGCCCACAUCUGAGUGGGGUUGUUGCCUUGCUUAAAGGUUCCCACCCUGAGUGGUCACCUGCUGCGAUAAAAUCUGCAAUCAUGACCACUGCUGAUAUGAAUGACCUUGGAGGGGAUCCCAUUACUGAUCAACAGUUUGAGGAAGUCAAUUUGUUUGACACUGGUUCAGGUCAUGUGAACCCAAACCGGGCGAAUAAACCGGGGCUUGUGUACGAUAUCAAACCAGAUGACUACAUUCCUUAUCUGUGUGGGCUGGGGUACAAUGAUACAGAAAUCGGGUUCAUUGUGCAGAAAGUAGUGAAGUGUUCAACAGUGGAAAAAAUGGUUGAAGGGCAACUAAACUACCCCUCGUUUUCUGCCAGAUUGGGGUCUGCUGCUGCUGCCUCAGUGACUUACACCAGGACAGUGACGAAUGUAGGGCCGGCUAACUCGACUUACGUAGCUCAGAUUGUUGCACCGAGAGGCGUUCGUGUUAAGGUCACGCCUAAGAAGCUUCGGUUCAGGGAAGGGAAACCGUCUACAAGCUAUUCAGUGACAUUCAGGAGAAGAAGAAAAGGGAGCCUGGAUGCAGCUUUUGCACAGGGCUAUCUGGUUUGGAUUUCUAAAAGAUAUCGUGUCCGGAGUCCCAUUGCUAUCACAUUUGAAUGA